CGCCCGGCUCGGGAGAAGGGCCUUCACUCGGGGGCGGGGCUCCUCCGGGGGUGGGACUCUGGUCUCGGUGGCUGCUAGCUACCGGUCCCGUUAGGUUUGCGGAAGCGAUGGCGGCAUGGGUGUUGAUGUUGCUGACCACUCUGCUGGCUACCGCCGCCGCCGCCGCCUCACCGGCCGAGGUUGAGUCCGAGGCAGGAUGGGACAUGGUGGCGCCUGAUCUGCUGUUUGCCGAGGGGACUGCGGCCUAUGCGCGCGGGGACUGGGCCGCGGUGGUACUGAGCAUGGAGCGGGCGUUGCGCUCGCGGGCAGCCCUACGCGCCCUCCGCCUGCGCUGCCGCACCCGGUGUGCCGCCGACCUCCCAUGGGAGCUGGACCUCAACGCUCCCCCGAGCUCGGGCCAAGCCUCGGGCGCCGCCGCCCUGCACGACCUGCGCUUCUUCGGGGGCCUGCUGCGCCGUGCCGCCUGUCUGCGCCGCUGCCUGGGGCCGCCGAGCGCCCACUCGCUCAGCGAGGAGCUGGAGUUGGAGUUCCGCAAGCGAAGCCCCUACAACUACCUGCAAGUCGCCUACUUCAAGAUAAACAAGUUGGAGAAAGCUGUAGCAGCAGCACACACCUUCUUUGUGGGCAACCCGGAGCACAUGGAGAUGCGUCAGAACCUGGACUAUUACCAAACCAUGUCUGGGGUGAAGGAGGCCGACUUCAAAGACCUUGAAGCCAAACCCCAUAUGCACGAGUUUCGACUGGGAGUGCAGCUGUACUCGGAGGAGCAGCCACAGGAAGCCGUGCCCCACCUAGAGGCAGCGCUGCAAGAGUACUUUGUGGCCGAGGAGGAGUGCCGUGUGCUCUGCGAGGGGCCCUAUGACUACGACGGCUACAACUACCUCGAGUACAACGCUGACCUCUUCCAAGCCAUCGCAGAUCAUUACAUCCAGGUCCUCAGCUGUAAGCAGAACUGUGUCACCGAGCUUGCCACCCACCCCAGCCGAGAGAAGCCCUUUGAAGACUUCCUGCCAUCGCAUUAUAAUUAUCUGCAGUUUGCCUACUAUAACAUUGGGAAUUAUACACAGGCUAUUGAAUGUGCCAAGACCUAUCUUCUCUUCUUCCCCAACGAUGAGGUGAUGAGCCAGAAUCUGGCCUACUACACAGCUAUGCUGGGAGAGGAGCAAGCCAGAUCCAUUGGCCCCCGUGAGAGUGCCCAGGAGUACCGACAGCGAAGCCUGGUGGAGAAAGAACUGCUUUUCUUCGCUUAUGAUGUUUUUGGAAUUCCCUUUGUUGAUCCAGAUUCAUGGACUCCAGAGGAGGUGAUUCCCAAGAGACUACAAGAGAAACAGAAGUCAGAACGGGAAACAGCUGUACGCAUCUCCCAGGAGAUCGGAAACCUUAUGAAGGAAAUUGAGACACUUGUGGAAGAGAAGACUAAGGAGUCGGUGGAUGUGCGCAUGCUGGUUCGGGAAGGUGGCUCCCUGCUCUAUGAAGGAAUCAGUCUCACCAUGAACUCCAAGCUCCUGAAUGGUUCCCAGCGGGUGGUGAUGGAUGGUGUAAUCUCUGAUGAUGAGUGUCAGGAGCUGCAGAGACUGACCAAUGCAGCAGCAACUGCAGGAGAUGGCUACCGGGGUCAAACCUCCCCACACACCCCCAACGAGAAGUUCUAUGGCGUCACUGUCUUCAAAGCCCUCAAGCUGGGACAGGAAGGGAAAGUUCCCCUUCAGAGUGCCCACCUAUACUACAACGUGACCGAGAAGGUACGACGCGUCAUGGAGUCCUACUUCCGCCUGGACACACCCCUCUACUUCUCCUACUCCCACCUGGUGUGCCGCACUGCGAUCGAAGAGUCACAGGCUGAGAGGAAGGACAGUAGCCACCCAGUCCACGUGGACAACUGCAUCCUGAACGCCGAGGCCCUCGUGUGCGUCAAGGAGCCACCGGCCUACACGUUCCGGGACUACAGUGCCAUUCUUUACCUAAAUGGGGACUUUGAUGGAGGAAACUUUUACUUCACUGAACUAGAUGCCAAGACCGUGACGGCGGAGGUGCAGCCCCAGUGUGGACGGGCUGUGGGAUUCUCUUCAGGCACUGAGAACCCACAUGGAGUGAAGGCUGUCACCAGGGGGCAGCGCUGUGCCAUCGCCCUGUGGUUCACCUUGGACCCUCGCCACAGUGAGCGGGACAGAGUGCAGGCGGAUGACCUGGUGAAGAUGCUCUUUAGCCCCGAAGAGGUGGACCUCCCCCAGGAGCAGCCCCUGGGAGCCCAGCAGGGCCGCCAUCAACAAGUAGAAGAGUCUCUCUCAGGCAGUGAGUCAAGGCACAAGGAUGAGCUAUGACAGUGUCCGUGUCACACAUGGAUGGGUGAGGAGACCCACAGAGAUGUACUGUGUCCUGCACCCAGGACUGGCCAGCCCCUCAGGACCGUGGAGCAGUGGGUAACUGACACCUGCCCAGCCAAGGAGACCCUGCUCACAGCCGUCUGCCCUGUGCUACUGCUCUGGGAGUGGACGUGGCAGGCCGACCCGCCCCCCAUGGACCUGGCUGAGAGCUCAGAACGCAGACCCAGAGUCACCCCGGAGGGCUGGCACAGGUGGCCCCAUGACAGUGGUGCUGUAUUUAAGUGUCUGGGGUAGACAACCAAGAAAUAAAGGAUUUGUGGGUUUUUUUA